UAAAUAUACCAUUUUCCUUAUCUGUAAUUCGUAAUCAAUUUGAUAUAUAAUCAUUCUUGGCUAUUUUCCCUAAAACCUCAAGAUCUGCAAUUGGUCCACCAAAGAGAACCAAACCAUUUUUGCAGAUUCUCCGGUACAAAUUACGGAAACAGUGUUUGUGUUAAUAUCUACAAUGUUAAAUGACCAAAACACCCUCGCUUUCUUCAUCCCACACCUCUACUACAUUUGAAAUCCCCCCAACAUUCUUCCUCUGUUGCUCAAACUAGUUUCCCUCGACACUCAAAGUGUAUAAAGAAGCUACAGUGAGUUUUGUGAUGGCGGGUGAGGAGAAGCAGACUCUUACUCCAAAAGAGAUUAUACAUCAGAAGUUUGGUGAUAAAGCAAUUUAUAGAAUUGAGGAAGUUCAUGUUUCUUCGAAUGAAUGCCUCUAUCGUUGCCACUUGCAGCUACCAGAAUUUUCUGUUGUAUCAAAUGUCUUCAAGAGAAAAAAGGAUUCCGAACAAUCCGCUGCAGAAUUGGCUCUCGAGAAGUUAGGAAUUCAGUCUCAGGAUGAUGAUGAUGAUGAUAUAACUGUGGAUGAAGCUUGGAAUGAUAUCGUUGAACGCAUUAAGUAUAUAUUUUCUGAUGAGUUUCUUUCAGCUGAUCAUCCUCUGGGAGGUCACCUUAGGGCGGCAUUGCAAAGGGAUGGUGAACGUUGUGGAUCACUUCCUGUUUCUGUUAUUGCGACAUUUGAUGCAAAGAUUAACAGUCGCUGUAAAGUGAUUGAUCCUUCUGUGGACUCAGAUCCUAUCUUGCUCAUGUCCUAUGUCAUGAAGGCUGCAGCAAAGUUGCCAGACUACAUUGUCGUGUCUCCGCAUGUAGAUUCUCUACGAAGGAAAAAGCCAUACUCUCCAGCAAUUAUAAAAGCUCUGGCUACUCAUGUGAAAAGCAUAAAAGUUGAGGCUGUGCAUAUACAAUGUACUGUUGGCGGUGAAGAAGUUGUUAAGCCAGUCACUCUUGAUAUUUCAUCAGGUCGGUAUUACUUGGAUAUUAUUGCUGAAAAGCUUGGGUUGAAGGAUGGCAGCCAAGUGAUGAUAUCAAGGACUAUUGGCAAAACUUCCUCUGGCUAUGAGUGUAGAGUAUACGCUGCCAUGCCUAAGUUGAAGUCUUUCGAUAAUUCAUGGAAAGCCCGUGAAAAACGUCCAAUUAAUGAAUCAUUACAUCUUGAAAAGUCUCGGAAUGCAAAAGCAAGUUUUGUUUGUGGUCUUGAUGUUCACGGUGAUGCGAUUGUGGCAUCUGUUGGUUACCCAUGGAGGUCCCAUGAUCUUGAACAUGAUGGUGUAACCUUAAAGUCGUUUUACAGGAUAUGUUGCGGUAUGUCUCCUAUUGGAAUCUAUAAACUAUCCCGAGAAGCAAUAAUUGCUGCGCAGUUGCCUUUUUCAUUCACUACAAAGUCUACUUGGAGAGGUCCAUUCCCCAGGGAGAUUCUCUGCAUGUUCUGCCGUCAGCAACAACUAGCAGAACCCAUUUUUACUUUAUCUACUGCUCCUGUGAAACCAAUGUCUUGCAUAUUAAGAUCCUACCAGAAGUUGAAAGACUCUGAAUCUGAUGAUAGCGAAUAUCAAUAUGUGAGCAAGGGAAAAGAGGAGAUACCAGAAUCAGGGACUGGAUAUAGAUGUGAAGUGAAAAUUCUCUCAAAGUCCCAGGAUUUGGUUUUAGAUUGCACGUCGAAAAAGUUCUAUGAGAAGGAAAACCAUGCUAUUCAAAAUGCUUCAUUGGAUGCCCUCUCAUGGUUAAGUAGGCUUUUCGACGAGGGGGAUGUGGACCCACUGCAAACAUGUUAUACAAGUGAACACCUGGAUAUGGUAUUUCAACAGAGGAUCUUGAUGAAAGAGGCUGUUCCAAGGGGACAUUUCCGAAAUAUAGACGAAAGGAAUGAAUACGAGGACCAAAUUCGUAUUCAAUCCAUAACAAAGGGUUCCUUGGUUAGCAUAUGCUAUUCUGUGUAUUUGGAUGUAGAUGCUGAUUUUUCGAGUGAUGGUAAAUCUAGAAAAGAACUCAUCGAAAGCAAUGAAGAGAUAGAGUUCGAGGUGGGGAAUGGUUCUAUGAAUCCACAUCUUGAAUCAGUUGUUACUCAGCUGGCUGUGGGCCAAUAUGCUCGUUUUUUAACUGAUGCGCCUGCUGAAGACUUGUUUGUGACUGCUGCCACUGGAACCCAGAGAGAUCGUUCAGAUAUCGCAGGUUUUGAAUACUGUGUACGUUUGUUGGGAGUGAAAGGGCCAACAGAAAAACAAAUUGAGGCGGAUUUUUUCAAACCUUCACUUUCAAAACAGCGUCUUGAAUAUGUAGUGAAACAUAUAAAAGAAUCGUCAGCUUCUACUCUGGUUGACUUUGGAUGUGGAUCUGGAAGUUUACUAGCCUCUUUACUUGACUAUCCAACUUCACUUCAAACCAUUGCUGGCGUUGACAUCUCACAGAAGGGUCUUGUCCGUGCUGCUAAGAGGCUACAUUCAAAGUUAAACAAGGGAGCUUGCAACCUCAAAUCUAUUAUACUCUAUGAGGGCUCCAUCCUCAAGUUUGAUUCCAGGCUGCAUGACAUUGACAUCGGCACUUGCUUAGAGGUUAUUGAACACAUGGAGGAAGAUCAAGCCUGUCAAUUCGGGAAAACAGUUCUAAGCUUGUUUCGCCCGAAACUUCUCAUUGUCUCCACACCAAACAUCGAGUACAACAAAAAUUUCCACAAGUCUGCUCCUCCAAACCACCUAAAAAACAGAUCCAUGUCACAGCUACCUAAAUUCAGGAACCAAGACCACAAGUUCGAAUGGACAAGGAAACAGUUUAAGCAGUGGGCAUCUAAGCUCGCUAAACGCCAUAACUACAGCGUCUACUUUAGCGGUGUUGGUGAGUCUGGUAAAGCAGAUCCCGGGUUUGCUUCUCAGAUUGCUGUUUUCAGACGGAAAUCUUUGUCCAACGUUGUGGAGAAGGUCUCAGAAGGCUCGAUGCAGCCUUAUAAAGUCAUAUGGGAAUGGUCAAGAGGAAAUGGAGACAAAAAGACUAAUCUUUCAUAAGAGUAUCAACCAGAAUAGACUAGUGUCCUUUUUUCUUUCUGUUCUUUUUGAGUUUGUAUGUUUUAUCACUUGUCCUAGUUCUGAAAUCUCCAUGUUUCUUCCUUAUCACACUCUUGUUUUUGGUAAUAUAUUAGUGUUAUGCAUAA